AGAAGUCAAGUCCAUCUCUUUAAUGCCUACCGAACUAUGGAAGAGACGAAUAGACAAAGUCCUGAAGAGGCCAUCGCAGCCAUUAAGUUAGGACAAUUGAAUGCCUUCAUAUGGGACUCACCGCGACUGGAGUACGAGGCCGCCCAAGACUGCGAACUCGUUAUUUCGGGAGAAUUAUUUGGACGAUCGGGAUAUGGGAUUGGAUUACAAAAGAAUAGCUUUUGGACAGAAAAAGUGACGCUAGCUUUGCUUCAAAUGCAUGAAAGCGGUUCAAUGGAGGCAUUGGAUAACAAAUGGAUAUUACACUCAGAAAAAGACUGUGAUAGUGAUGCGCAACACUUUCCCUAUACCCUGGGUAUUAAGAAUAUGGCCGGAGUUUUCGUUCUGGUUUUGUCGGGAAUUGUGGUCGCAUUUGGACUCAUAGUCAUAGAGAUUGUCUAUAAGAAACGAAAAGCCCGAAAAUUAAAGCGUUUGGCUAUCGCUAAGAGGUUAGCCAUUAAAUGGAGGCUAAGGGUUCAGAAGCGGAAGUCGUUGUAUUCAAACCUGUAUUCGGCGUUUCCGGUGCUCACGAAAGAGUUGUCUCUUAAUAAAAGUUUUGAAGUCGAGUCGAGGUCUUCAACUCCGUGCGAUUCGCAGACAUUUGUGAUCCCACCGCCCCCUCCCCCUCCCGCAGCCUUUCAACGAAUGCCUCCCAACUAUACCUCAAUUCCUAAGCGAUCGGCACAACAGAAGAUAUAUGAAUACAAACAAAGACGAUCUCUCGGCUAUUAUUAGGCUAUUGUUUGUAC